UUACUCAGGAUCAUCAGAAUAAUAAAACUCCAAACAAAUAACAUAAUUUAUUUCAACGCCGACUUUUACCAAGCAACUACUGUCUGUAUAAGUCGACUAACGAGAAAGAGCGAGAUUUUGGCGAUUUAGCGGGAAAAUAACCACAUUGUUGCCGGCUGCAGCGAUGACGGUCGACACAAACAAGGAUAAUUCCAAAGCCGCUAUGGCCUUGGAACCACCGGAACGUUUGUUUAAGGAUGUUACCUAUUAUAUUGUCGGCAACAUCAGCGAAGAGGUUCAAAGAAUUCUGAAUGCUGGUGGUGCCAAAAAGGAUACGUAUCUCAGUGAGAUGGUUAGCCAUGUCAUUGCUGAUGAUGUUGACAAUGAUGAAUAUUCAGAAGCAAGAGAAUUGUUUGAAUUACCUGUUGUCACUAGCAGCUGGGUUCUUUUGUCUGUGAAAGCAGGAAAACAAUUAGCUAAAGACAGGUUUGCUCCUGAAGACCUUGUUUUCUCUGGUAUUGUUGCCUGCUUUUCACAGGUUGGUGAAGAAGACAUGAAAGAAAUCUGGCCAGCUGUUGUAUACAACGGAGGAUAUAUUCAGCGUAAAUUAGAUAAUCGGUGCACACAUCUGAUAACACCAGCUACUGCUGGGGUGAAAUAUGACACAGCCAUGAAAUAUCCCAGUAAAAUUAAAAUUGUCAGCCCAGACUGGAUUACAGAUUCACUGUCAAAGCAGGCCAAACAAGAUGAAGUCAUCUAUCACCCUCGACUUCUUGUCUACCCAAAGCCUGAACCUCCACCUCCUCCUCCCCCGCCGCCGCCACCCCCACCCGUUAUCCCCGAUCAUCCAGAACAUACAGAUACUAUACCAACUGUGGUUACACCUCCUUUGCAUUCACCUAUGCCCCAUCUUGGGCCACAGCAGCAGCAACACACGCCAUCGAUGCCUGCACAUUUCUUUGAAGAGAAGUCAACAGCACAACAGCAGUUGCAGCGCCUACAACAGCAGCAUCAGUUACAACAACAACUGCAUUUGCAGCAACAACAAUCACAUUUACAGCAGCAACAACAACAACAACAACAGCAGCAGCAGUUAUUGUUGCAGCAGUCUGGAUCUGUUCCUCUUACUCAUGCUCUAACACGAACAGAACCUUCCACAGCGAAAUCAACAGGCAGCCAGCGCCAAACCAUUGCUCAGAUUCUUAGCCAAGAGAAUCAGAAAGAACUGCUGGCAUCUUUAGUGCCCAAGAACAUUGCUACCGCAAGUAAUAAUAAAAGUCCUACCGGUGCAGUUCCUACUGUAACACCUAGCACCAGUGCAAGCACACCUACUGCAAACACGAGCACUAGCUGGGAUUCUACUGCUCAAGCAACCAAAUUGAAUGGGUCCCGUCCUGGGACACCGUCUGCAAAGUUGGCUCUAGCCAGAAUGGUAAAUAGUCGCCUGCAAGCAGGUGCCAACCAUCAUAGAGCAGUUACACCAAACAACCGACCUGUUGCUGGACAGACAAUAGCAACGAAACUCACUGGUUCUGUUGAAAGUGCGAACAAUAUUCAAUCGGUCCCCUGCAGUACUGUCACAAGCCCCAUUCCGUCCACUGCUAUGCCAUCUACCUGUAGGAAGACGCUACAAAACAUAACAAAUAGCAUUGAUACACAGCCAUCUGUAUCACCAAGACCAAGCAUGAGUAAAAUAAGCCAAAUGUUAGGGCUGAAUGUUCUACCUCGUAUGCCAUCCUAUGGUACCCCACAAGUGGCUCAAACUAACCAAGCUUCUGCUACUCCCCAGUAUUGGGGUCAUGACCCAGGAGAUAAGAUUACUGCAGACCUCCCUUUGUUAGGAUGUGUGUUUUAUAUCACAGAUUAUCAUAAGAUACUAGGAUCUGAACCAGUUGGAAUUUGGAAACAAAUUAUUGAACAACGUGGUGGCCAAGUUGACAAUUCCUACUCCAAUCGUAUUACUCAUGUUUUAUGUGCCAGUCAGCAGAGUGAUGUUUUCCAUUUGGCUCUCCGAGAUCAGAAGAGGGUUGUAACUGCAUACUGGUUAAAUGAUGUUUUAGUUAAAAAGAAAAUGUUCCCUCCUUGUCAAGUGAUGCAUUUACCUAUCAUUUAUGGUGAUAAGAAACCUUGCAGUAACCAAAUCAUUACGUUGACCAACUUUGAUGGAGAAGAACGACAGCGAGUGAAGCAGAUGAUCCAUGCCAUUGGGGCCAAGUACACCGGUUACUUAACACAUUGUAAUUCUGUAUUGGUUUGUAAAAAGCCUGAAGGAUUGAAGUUUGAAAAAGCAAAAGAGUGGCGAGUGUCAGUUGUAAAUCCUCAGUGGUUGAUAGAUUUGGUGUUGGGUGAUCUUGAUGCACUGAGACUCCCUGUGCCCUCCAAAUAUCUUCAAUUAAAUCUAUCAGACCCUUUCAAAUUAGAUCUUAACAGAGUAUCUCAUCUUAUGGUCGGUUGGUGUACUCCACUUAAAAUAUCUCGAGAUGUUUGGAAGAAAUUUACUUCUGUACCCAAAAGAAACUUCAUUUCUCAUGAAAACACUAUUGAGGAUGAGUUAUCUAAUUCUCUUUCAUCUGAUAUUGAUGCGCCUGCCAAAAAGAAAGCAAGGUUAAUGAAUGAAGCUGUAUCUGUGACUACAAACCCCAAAAUAUUGUUUACUGGUUUUGGGAAUAAUACUGUGAGAAAGUUCCGUGGGAUGGUGGAGAAGUUAGGUGGCUGUGUUACUGAUAAUCCACGCCAAUGUACUCACCUGGUUGCCAAGUCCCUAUGUAGAACUGUGAAAUUCUUUAUAGCAAUUAAUGUAUGUAAAUAUAUCGUGAACAAAGACUGGCUUGAAGACAGCAUUACCAAAGAUAAAUUCCUUGAACCUGCCCAGCUCUCUCUUCCUAAUUGUGGUUUUAUAUUUUACAUUACACCAAGUGUCGUGCCUUCUCCCAAAGACUUGCAGGCUAUUAUUGAAAGUGCUGGUGGUAGCGUUAUUAAGCGGCGCCUCUCAGCUAAGCAAAUUGCAUCAUUGCGGGAUGACAAGGGAAAUCCUACAUUUAUUGUGAUUACAUGCCCCAACGAUGUGCAUUUGUGUCGGGACCUUAUGGCUCGUCGACUUGCUGUCUUCAAUUCAGAAUUCGUCCUAACUGGUGUCUUGCGACAAGAGAUAGAUUUUGAACUAUUCCAACUUCCAGCUUCAGACUUAAUUCGGCAAGUAUAGUGGACCAAAUUGAAAACUUCUGUGUUUAGGAAUUAUGUAGCAUAAUCCUAUUCAGAUGCUUGGGUUCUUUUGACUGGAUUUAUAUACAGGCUACAAUCUAUGUAAAUUUAACUAUACUUUUAAAAACUGUUUUUUUAAUUGAAAGUUACUAGUACACUCGCAUUCACACAUUCUUAUAAAAACAAAGUUUCAUAUACAUGGAUACACACUCACAAAAAUGCAACUUUUAAUCUGUUGCUCUCCUCAUUUCAAUCGCAAGUAUAUAUGACCACUUAUGCAUACACAUACAUACCAUUUCUCAUUUCCAUUCAUAUGUGCAUGUAUACAUUCAAUCACAUGCAUUUGCAAACACCUUUACUAUCACUCCUUUGCACACUCAUUUGAUUACAUAUUUUCAUACUCACACACAAACACACAUUUUAUCACCAGUUCAUGUGUAAACAUUUCUUUGAUGACAUGUAUCAAUAAAAAAAUAUGUAUUUUAGUGCAUGCUUACUCACUCAUAUGCAACAAAUAUACACACUUAGAGUUUAUUUAUUUUUCACUUUGGUAUAUCAUCUUGAGUGUCUGUCACAGUCUUUUUAAUAUGUUAAUAUGAUUACUUCUCAAAAGAUUCCCUUCUAUAUAUGUAUGUGUGUGUGUGUAUAUAUAUGUAUAUACACACACAUAUGCAUACACAUCUAUACACACACAUAUAUAUGCACACACACACACACACAUACAUAUACAUUUCAAUUGUCCAAACCUAUUUUGUGUGUUUGAGUGCAUAUUGUCCACAUGUUUAUAUGAAUUUUCAACCCAAAUAUUCUGGUUACUUGCCUUCAGAUUCUAUAUAUGUGAUCCUCAACUAAUUCUGUAUUUCUUUUAAAAACAAAACGGUGAAUAUUUAU